AUGGCCGAGAAGACUUUCCACUAUGAGCAGCGACGCCUGGAGAACGAGCUUGUCGCCCUCGUACCAUUCGAGCCCAGCAUCCACACGGCGCCUUUUGUCGAGAUGAUCAAGACCUACCCAGACAUGUUUACGUACAUUCCCUUUCCAGUCAUAAACGACGAGGCCGACUUCUUGAGAGAGGUAUACGAGGGUAUACACGCAUCCCCUGCAGACUGUCUGUUCGCAGUGAUGGACAAGGUCGUCUCCCCGGGGGCACUGGACACGAGCGCAAAGUUUGCCGGUGUUGUGUCUCUGACAGCCACGAACCCCGUCAACGCCGUCACCGAGGUUGGUGCAAUGAUCUUCCCAGCGUUCCAGCGCACCCACGUGGCGACCAAUGCUAUAGGACUCCUCCUCUUCUGGACGCUCGAUCCACCCUCGGCAGGCGGUCUAGGGCUGCGCCGCGUUAUAUGGCAAUCACAUGCAGGAAACGACGUAUCUCGAAGAGCUGCCGUGAGGAUCGGGUUCGAGUUUGAAGGGAUCGCGAGGUGGGAUCGCGUAUUUCCGCGCGGCAAGGUGGCCCUCUCGGCAGAAGCCCUCAGAUUGAGGAACGGCACGCAGGAGGAACAGCCUGGGAGGCACACCGCUGUCUAUUCGAUCGUAUGGGACGAAUGGGAGGACAAGCGACCCAAGAUUGCGGCGCUGAUGGAGAAGAGAAAAUGA